GGGAGGGAAAGGGACAGUCAUGGAGAACUCAUCCUUAGGGUUUGGUCCACAAACAGUGGUUUGGAGCGUCGCAGAUGAAAGAGAUCUUGGCUUUAUCUCUCUUCCUUCUCGACCUUAUACUCCCACUUUCCCAUUUUUGCCUUAGAAACUUUCCUUUUCUUCUUCCCAUUUCAUCUUGGGAAGGUUUGGCUUCAGGAACUGUCACUGGAGUUGCUUGUUCACUUCACUUUUCUUCACUUAUCACUCUUUCUUUCCAUUUCUGGACGUGGGUCUUGCGUUUUAUGGUGUUUUAUGAUCUCUUUGGUGGUAGAAAUGCGACACUGUGGCCAGUCUCACUGGGUUUUGAGCUGCAUUGCUUGAUGAAUUGAUGUGCCGGGGAGAAGAUCCCAUGGAAGAUUGCAGUAGAAUUCUGUGUUUUGGAUUUCUUUUGUGCUUUCUUAGAGUAGCAUAUUGUGUCACUGAUCCUAGUGAUCUUAAAAUUCUCAACGAUUUUAGGAAAGGAUUCGAAAAUCCGGAGCUACUGAAAUGGCCGGCCGGCGGAGAUGACCCAUGUGGCCCUCCUUCGUGGCCUCAUGUCUUUUGUUCUGGUGAAAGAGUUUCACAGAUUCAGGUUCAGGGUUUGGGUUUAAAGGGACCCCUUCCUCAGAACUUCAAUCAGCUCUCAAUGCUCUCCAAUUUGGGUCUUCAAAGAAACAAAUUCAAUGGAGCAUUGCCUAGUUUCAGCGGAUUGUCGGAAUUGCAGUUCGCAUUCUUGGAUUUCAAUGAAUUCGAUACAAUCCCAUUUGACUUCUUCCAGGGCCUUACCAGUGUGCGGGUGCUCGCUUUGGAUUACAACCCAUUCAAUGCGACUUCUGGGUGGUCUCUUCCGAGUGACUUAGAGAAAUCGGUGCAGUUGGCCAAUUUCUCCUGUGUGCAAUGCAACUUAAUCGGCCCACUGCCGGCUUUUCUCGGGUCAUUGCCGUUGGUGGCACUGAAACUUUCCUACAAUCGAUUGUCCGGUGCCAUUCCGGCGAGCUUUGGGCAGUCAUUGAUGCAGAUUUUGUGGCUGAAUGAUCAGGAUGGGGCUGAGAUGACUGGCCCGAUUGAUGUCAUUGCAUCGAUGACGUCGCUGACACAGCUAUGGCUGCAGGGAAAUCAUUUCACAGGAGCCAUUCCGGGAGGCAUCGGAGCUCUGUCCUCUUUGCAAGAUCUCAAUCUCAACGGAAAUCAACUUGUGGGUUUGGUUCCUCAAAGCUUGGCUGAUAUGAAACUACAGAGACUGGAUUUAAACAAUAAUCUUCUAAUGGGUCCAAUACCAAAGUUUAUGUCUGGUAAUGUUACUUACGGUUUUAAUUGUUUUUGUCAAGCUAAUCCUGGUCUUCAAUGUGCCCCGCAAGUUGCCAUACUCAUUGAUUUUCUUGGUGCUGUGGAUUACCCAUUAAAUCUUGUUUCUGAAUGGAGUGGUAAUGAUCCCUGUAAAGGACCCUGGUUGGGAUUGAGUUGCAGUCCAAGUUCUGAGGUUUCUAUUAUAAAUUUGCCUAGGCACCACCUUAAUGGCAGUCUAAGUCCGUCUCUUGCGAAGUUAGAGUCGCUGAUUGAAAUUAGGCUUGAAGAAAAUAAUUUAACUGGUUCAAUCCCAGCAAACUUGACUCAAUUGAAAGCUUUGAGAACAUUAGAUUUGAGCGGGAACAAUCUUGAGCCUCCAUUACCAAAAUUCCAUGACGGUGUGAAGGUUGUUAUUGAAGGAAAUCCCCUUUUGGUUACUAGUCAGACUAAGGUACCUCCGUCACCAGUUAGCACCCAAUCUCCCCCAAUUAGUUCACAAUCACCAUCGAACAAUGCACCAACAGGCGGAGCUCAAUCAUCAUCAUCACCAACUUCGUCGUCAUUCAAUUCAUCUAGUUCCCCUGAAGUGCAAUCCAAAUCGAAGACUUCCAAAAGAUUGCGCUUUGUUGUGAUUGUGGCUGUGAUUGCAGCUUCUGCAAUUCUUGCUCUUCUCGUUAUUAUUCUAUCCGUGUACUGCUUUAAUAAGAAGAAGAAAGACACCUUAGAGGCUCCUAAUACAAUUGUAAUUCACCCUAGACACCCCUCUGAUCCAGAAAAUAUGGUUAAGAUUGCAGUCUCAAGUAAAACAACAGGAAGCUUAUCCACUAGAACUGGGACUAGUUCUGGUACUGUAAACAGUAGUACUGGGGGAAACUCUCAUUUGAUUGAGGAUAGAAAUGUUGUCAUAUCGGUUCAGGCUCUUCGUAAUGUUACCAAGAAUUUUGCACCAGAAAAUGAGGUAGGCAGGGGAGGUUUUGGAACUGUGUAUAAAGGAGAAAUGGAAGAUGGGACGAAAAUUGCAGUUAAGAGAAUGGAGGCGGGGGUGAUUAGCAGCAAAGCAUUGGAUGAAUUUGAGGCUGAAAUCACUGUUCUUUCAAGGGUGCGGCACAGGCAUUUGGUAUCUCUUUUGGGAUAUUCCAGUGAAGGCAAUGAGAGGCUUCUUGUUUAUGAAUACAUGUCUAAGGGGGCUCUAAGCAGACAUCUGUUCCAGUGGAAGAAUCUGAAAUUGGAGCCUCUAUCUUGGAAGAGAAGGCUUAAUAUUGCAUUGGAUGUGGCUAGAGGAAUGGAGUAUCUUCAUAGUUUGGCACGCCAGAGCUUUAUACAUCGAGAUCUCAAAUCUUCAAAUAUUCUUCUGGAUGAUGACUAUCGGGCAAAAGUUUCAGAUUUUGGGUUGGUGAAACUUGCUCCGGAUAGAGAGAAGUCUGUUGCAACUAGGCUUGCUGGGACAUUUGGAUAUCUUGCACCUGAAUAUGCUGUGAUGGGAAAGAUCACAACUAAAGUUGAUGUCUUCAGCUAUGGAGUAGUGUUGAUGGAACUAUUGACUGGUUUAACAGCUCUUGAUGAGGAGCGCUCGGAGGAAAGACGGUACUUGGCUGAGUGGUUUUGGCAAAUCAAGUCCAGCAAAGAGAAACUUAUGGGUGCCAUUGAUCCAAUUCUGGAGGUAGAUGAGACUUUUGAGAGCAUCUCCAUACUAGCUGAACUGGCUGGCCAUUGCACUGCAAGGGAGCCGCACCAUCGGCCUGACAUGGGCCAUGCUGUAAAUGUGCUCGCACCAUUGGUUGAGAAGUGGAAACCAUCUAAUGAUGAAUCAGAGGAAUAUUCUGGCAUUGACUAUAGUCUGCCACUUCCUCAGAUGUUGAAGGGCUGGCAGGAAGCAGAAAGCAAAGAUAUCAGCUAUGGUAGCCUCGAUGACAGUAAGGGCAGCAUUCCUGCAAGGCCGAUUGGUUUUGCUGAAUCCUUCACUUCUUCUGAUGGUCGAUGAGUGAAGCUAGUCUUCUGCAAUUUGCCAUUUUCAAAAUAAGUUUUUUAUGCAAAUAGGGCGUUGAUUAUUCUGUUUUGUUAUCUGAAUAUAAGAUCUUGAAUGUUUCUUACAAGAAAUUUCACACAAAAUGCUAGAGCAGUAGAGCUUAAGGUGCCCAAGACACCUCAUUGUGAUUUUUGGGAUUUAUUUCAAGAAUUGUCUGCCAUGGUGAUAUAUCAAAAAGUCUUAUUGCAAAUCAA